AUCGAUUGGCCCGAAUCUCACACAUUCAUAUGGAGCCAUGCCGCCAAGGAUUACGCGCAGCAAUGUAUCCUAUGCAAUCAUUUCUACACUGGUCAGUUCCGAAGACGAUCACUCAGAAAUGGAGUUCCCGAAAGCAAGGGAUCCAGUAGGUAACUCGCCACUGUAACUGAACUUGACCAUAUGGGCGGCCAUUUCCAUCAGCCUUCUGUCGCAUUUCCUAUGACCUCCUCCUCUUCCUCGUAGCGUUGUUUUUGUUCCUCAAGUCGGACGUGGACGCGCAAUAUUGGGUUCACAUUCUUCAGUAUCAUUCUUCAUCAUGGGUUCAGCGUCGUCAGUCCCAGCGGACUAUGAGGAGCCGGCGCGCGGUAUCACUGCCUUUUUGAUAGUGCUUACCACUGUGGGAAUUUUCGCAAGACUGAUUGCCAGGCGCAUUCAACGGGCAGAGCGAAGUGUAGAUGACUAUCUGGCUGCUCUCGCCUAUCUGGCUAAUUUGGGUCUUUUAAUUACGCUUCUACUGGUUGCGGAUGUUGGGGGCGUUUCGUUGACCAGGAUGGCGAAGAUGUCGAAAGAGGACCAACGCUACUUGAAAGAUUCGGUAACCGCUUUGGCAUUUUUGUACACAUUCGCUAUAAUACUUGUCAAGCUUUCCGUCCUGUUCAUGUAUCGCCGCAUAUUCACCAUGAACGAGAAAUGGUUCCGAAUAGACUGGAUGGGCGAACUUCAUACUUCUAUUUCCAUGCUACACCGUUACGGCAUUCACCCUUACCGCAUGGCAAGUCGCAAACAGCCAAAAGUUUGGAGCCAACAACUCGCUAUGGUGUGGAAGCUGAUGCUUCCGAUAAGAGAGAAGUUUGCAAUCACAGGACUGUUUGGGCUUGGUAUGAUAGCGACUGCGAUAUCAAUCAUGCGAGUGGUCCGAUUCGACACCAAGAGAGAGGAGCACUGGAACCCCGCAUACAGCUUCUACAACGACAUGUUAACUUCAGCAUCUGAAACGUCAGCCGGUCUGCCGUGCAGUUGUCUCACCAUCAUCAAGCCACUACUGCGAAGGACGAGAGACAUCGCAGUCUCCAGUGUCACAGGACUCACGAAUCUGCUCUCCUCAGGUUCAGGCUCACACGGCCGAUCGACAGCCAGUGGGUCGAACUCGGUUCGAAGCGACAACGUCAGUUUGCAUUCAAGAAAGCAGCAUGAGGGGGGUAUCACGAAGAUCCAUCAAUACAACAUCGAUUCCGACUCUUUGCCGCCUGGAAGUAGCCAAAGGGAUCUUGGGAUGAAUCACAUUCAUCCAUGGGAAACGAGAGAAUCAAAAUAAAGAUUUAUUUGGUGUUUAAAGUUAGCUGCUAUGUAUAAGGCGCAUUUGGGGAGACCCUUGGAAUGGGUUUAGGGUCAAGUUUCUAAAAGAUAUAGGAAUAUCUCACAAAUAGUGCAUAUGAAGAUUUUCCUGCAUCGCAUAUCCAAAAAAAAUUGCUUGGUGCUUACGGGUGGAUAGGUAAAACAGCUUUGGUCCACGUAAAAUCAAAUAUG